GACAGGUGUUAUCAUCACGUCUUCUGUCAUUCGCAGCGUGUUCUCUCUCAAUCGAACUUUAUUUUAGGAUACGCUCCAAAAACAUAAUUUUGUAUAAAAAGGCAUGAGAGGUGCCGGAACUCUUAUCCCAGCUCGUUUUCUGACCCUCAUCGGGCACCUUUGUGUACUCGUAACGCUACUAUGGGAGAGCCAGGAGAGCGGCAGACAUUGUUUGCCAAGCCAGCACCACACGGAAUUUAUCCAGAUUUAUCACAACCGGUAACCGAGCAUCAGCAUUUGACGGAGUCCCACGAAUACAAGCCAGGAUGGUCGUUCUACCUGGUGCUGGCUGGAGUAGCCACCACGCUGGGGUCCUCGCUGCCUGUAGGGUUCAACAUUGGAGUCGUUAAUACACCAGCUGAUCUGCUAAAAUCGUUCUGCAACGAGAGCAUAACCGCCCACUAUGGUGUAACCCUGGACGAGGGCUGGCUUAACGUGCUGUGGGCGGCUGUCGUCUCCAUCUUCAUCGUGGGCGGAUGCACAGGCUCUAUACUGGGCGCUGUGCUCGCUGACCGCUUUGGAAGGAAGAAGGCGACGAUAGCUAUAAGUGGGCUAUGGGUGGCAGGGGCCCUGAUGUUCGGCUUCUGCCGCGCCGCCAACUCCGUCGAGAUGCUGAUACUGGGCCGGCUGCUCGUCGGCUUAUCUGGAG